AUGCGUACGAGGGAUGAGAACCAGGUACCUGGAAGCAAGAUAAAUAAAAACUUCGGCCAGCUUCUCAAGAAAUCUGUACAGGCAAGCUCAGUCCGUUCGCAAGCUACCAUAGGUACAUCAAUCUUCACCAUGAAGCUGUCACAUUUCCUCGCGUGCUCGCUAGCCUCAUUGGCAUCAGCUUCUGCUGUCGCAUUAGAGAACGACAUCCCUGUCGGGGCCUCCAUAACCCUACCACGCUCCAGCUCAUUGCUCCCUCGUCUUCCUUGGUCAAACGAGAAGCACCGCAAGGACAAUUGGGGCAAUCGGGUGGAGAAGGACCGCAAGAAGAUUACCAUCCGCGCGUCAAAGAACGAUCGCGAUGAUAUCAGCGCAGACUUUCUCUGGGCCUUGAGGAAAGCGAACCAUGGAGGUCUUGUGCAUCUUCAGAAGGGGAAGAAGUACGUGAUUGGCAAGAAGUUGGACCUUACGUUUCUGAAAGAUGUGUAUGUCAGGCUAGAUGGCGAGUUGAAGUUCACGAAUGAUAUCGAGUAUUGGCAAGCCAAUAACUUCUACUACGAUUUCCAGAAGAGCAUUACAUUCUGGGUAUGGGGUGGAAAGGACGUCAAGAUCUAUGGCUCCGGUGUUCUCAAUGGCAACGGACAAGCCUGGUGGGAUGGCUUUUCUGGCGCAGAGAUCCUCGACCCUAACAACAAAUACUAUCGCCCCAUCCUCUUCCUCACUGAUAACGCCACCAAUAUUGAGGUCUCGGGUCUCCAUCUGAAAGACUCACCUUGUUGGACGACUUUCUUCGUGCGAACCAAGAAUGUCGUGUUUGAUGAUGUCUAUAUCGACGCAGUUUCGACCAAUGCCUCAACCCUGCCCAAGAACACAGAUGGGUUUGACUCGCUCAACGUUGAUGGCCUGACUGUGACCAACACCCGUGUCAACGUUGGCGACGAUUGCUUCUCGCCGAAGCCCAACACAACGAACAUCUUUGUGAAGAACCUCUGGUGCAACGGUACUCAUGGCGUAUCCAUGGGCUCCAUUGGGCAGUAUCCUGGCGUCAAGGAUUACAUCUCGAAUGCUUGGAUCGAGAACGUAACUCUGCUUAAUGGUCAGAAUGGCGCUCGUCUCAAGGCUUGGGCGGGGCCGAACGUCGGUUACGGCUACAUCGACAACAUCACUUACAAGGACAUUCAUAUCGAGAAUACCGAUGCUCCUGUCGUCCUUGAUCAAUGCUAUUUCAACAUCAACGAGACGACGUGUGCUGCAUAUCCAUCCCAGGUCAACAUUACAAAUGUUAAGUUCCUGAACGUUUCCGGCACUAGCAGUGGGAAGAACGGUAGGGUAGUGGCGGACCUUACGUGCAGUCCUGGAGCGACAUGCAACGGGAUUCACCUUGAAGACAUCAACUUGACAAGUCCUGCUGGCAGCCCGGCGCAGAUCGUCUGCGACAACAUUGAGGGAGACAUUGGAGUGGACUGUAUUCCCGCGAGCGAGGCAGAUGACUGA